UUCAAAGCUUUUUUAUUUUAUUUUGUUUUCUUCCCAUUUUGCGAAAUUUUCUUUGCAUUUAAGUUGGAAACACCCCAGUCAAGAUUUAUAAAGUUGAAUCCUUUUUGAAUUUUCUUUCACUAUCUUCUAUAACUUCUUAUUACUCAAAAGUUUUGUUAUUAAUGGCUUACCCAAAUUUGUGAGCUCUUUGUUUGUUUGGUUCUCCUCUCCCUUUCUUCUUCUUCUUAUUCAUUCAUCAUUCUCCGAAUUUGUUUUCUUAGGGUUUGUGAUUCUUGAAAGCAGCAAUGAAGAAGUCUAAACUUGACAACUCUGUUUCACAGUCUCGAUUCGGGCUUGUUCAGUUCUUAUUAGCUCUUCUUCUCUUUUACUUCCUCUGCAUGAGCUUCGAGAUCCCUUUCAUCUUUAGAACCGGCUCUGUCUCCGGUUCUGAUGAUGAUGUCUCAUCUUCCUCUUUUCUUGACGCCUUGCCGAGGCAUAUGGUUGUUAGUGGUGGUAGUAGGGAAGCAAAUUUGGUUGUUGGUGAAGAAGACCAAGGAGGAGGAAGAGACCCGGGUCGGGUCAAUCCGGUGGGUCGAGUCUCGGAGCGGAGAAUGCGAGAGUUUAAGUCCGUCUCUGACAUUUUCGUCAACGAGAGCUUCUUCGAAAAUGGCGGAUUCAGCGAUGAAUUCUCAAUCUUUCACAAGACGGCGAAGCAUGCGAUUUCCAUGGGGAAGCAAAUGUGGGAUGGUCUCGAUUCGGGUGUAAUCAAACCCGACGAAGCUCCGGUUACAACCCGGAUUGAGAAAUGUCCUGAUAAUGUUACGGUUACUGGGUCUGAGUUUGUUAACCGGAGCCGGAUCUUGGUUCUGCCUUGUGGUUUGACGUUGGGAUCUCAUAUUACCGUUGUGGCUACGCCGCAUUGGGCUCACGUUGAGAAGAGUGGAGAUAAGACGGCGAUGGUGACUCAGUUUAUGAUGGAGCUGCAGGGAUUGAAGGCUGUUGACGGUGAAGAUCCGCCGAGGAUUCUUCAUUUUAACCCGAGGAUUAAAGGUGAUUGGAGUGGGAAGCCAGUGAUUGAGCAGAACACUUGUUACCGUAUGCAAUGGGGCACAAGUUUACGCUGUGAUGGUCGUGAAUCUAGUGAUGAAGACGAAUCUGUUGAUGGAGAGGUGAAGUGUGAGAAGUGGAAGAGGGAUGAUGAUGGUGGGAAUGGUGAUGGUUCUGAUGAGUCGAAGAAGACAUGGUGGUUGAAUAGGCUCAUGGGUCGGAGAAAGAAGAUGAUUGCUCAUGAUUGGCCAUUCCCUUUUGCUGAAGGGAAGCUUUUUGUUCUUACACUUCGAGCUGGAAUGGAAGGUUAUCACAUUAGUGUUAAUGGAAGACAUAUCACUUCUUUCCCUUAUAGAACUGGGUUUGUUCUUGAGGAUGCCACUGGAUUAGCAGUCAAGGGAAAUAUUGAUGUGCAUUCUGUAUAUGCUGCCUCGUUACCCUCUACAAAUCCGAGUUUUGCUCCGCAAAAGCAUCUCGAGAUGCAAAGCAUAUGGAAAGCCCCUUCGUUACCUGAAAAGCCUGUAGAGUUGUUUAUAGGAAUUCUCUCUGCUGGUAACCAUUUUGCAGAGAGAAUGGCAGUGAGGAAGUCAUGGAUGCAGCAAAAGCUAGUCAGAUCAUCCAAAGUUGUUGCCCGGUUCUUUGUGGCAUUGCAUUCAAGAAAGGAAGUCAAUGUGGAUCUAAAGAAAGAAGCCGAGUACUUUGGUGAUAUUGUCAUAGUACCGUACAUGGAUCAUUAUGACCUUGUUGUGCUCAAGACGGUUGCCAUCUGCGAAUAUGGGGUUAACACAGUGGCGGCCAAGUAUGUUAUGAAAUGUGACGAUGAUACAUUUGUGCGAGUGGAUGCCGUGAUCCAGGAAGCAGAAAACGUUAAGGGAAGAGAGAGCCUUUAUAUUGGAAACAUUAAUUUCUACCAUAAGCCUCUGCGUACUGGGAAAUGGGCUGUGACAUACGAGGAAUGGCCAGAAGAGUAUUAUCCUCCAUACGCAAAUGGUCCGGGUUACAUCUUGUCAUAUGAUAUAGCUAAGUUUAUUGUUGAUGAUUUUGAACAGAAGAGAUUAAGGUUAUUUAAGAUGGAAGAUGUGAGCAUGGGAAUGUGGGUGGAGAAGUUCAACGAGACUAGACCAGUGGCAGUGGUUCACAGCCUCAAAUUCUGCCAGUUUGGUUGCAUAGAAGACUACUUCACUGCUCAUUAUCAGUCGCCUCGCCAGAUGAUUUGCAUGUGGGAUAAGCUGCAGAGACUCGGGAAGCCCCAUUGCUGCAACAUGAGAUGACUUAACAUUGUUUUUGCCGGAUUCUGGAAUUUUUCGUUAGAAAGGGAAAUGAAGAAGCAGAUGGGAGAUUAUGGAGCUAACUGUUUAGAUCUCUGUAUAUAUAGAAACAAUAUAUAAUGUAUCUAUAUAUAUAAUAUAAUGAAGAGCUCUUGAAAAGUUUUGACUGAAAAGUCCA